CCAGGAUGCAAAUAUCGCGAGAUGACGCGGAGGAAGCGGAGACCACGUGUGUUUAUCCGGCUACAUGCUCGGAAAUGCAGUAAAGGGGCGAGAGUGAGAGAGCUGCGUCCAUGGCGGGACAUCUGAAGAAAAAGCUGAAAGAUGCAGUAAAGGUCCUUGGCUCAGGUAGCCUUCUGUUUGCUUCCUACCUCACUGUGGGUGGAGAUGAGCGUUUCUAUGCCAACCAGCUGAUGCCCCUACUACAGAGGAUUGUGGGACCAGAGACGUCACAUGUGCUGGCAGUAAAGAUCGUAGGUCUGGGUCUGGUUCCUCUGAACCGCUACCAGGAUCCUGCAUCAUUGGAAGUAAAUGUCCUUGGGCUGAAGUUCAGGAACCCUGUGGGGAUUGCUGCAGGCUUUGAUAAGCAUGGGGAAGCUGUAGACGGGUUGUACAAGAUGGGUUUUGGCUUUGUUGAAGUCGGGACAAUAACUCCAAAACCUCAGGAGGGAAACCCUAAACCACGCGUGUUUCGGCUCAUCUCAGAUCAGGCAAUAAUUAACAGAUACGGUUUCAACAGCUGUGGUUUGGCAGAAGUGCAGCAGAGGCUGGGCGCACGAGUAGAAAUCCAGCAGGAACAAAGUAAAGUUGGCUUUCCCCUGGGCGUCAACCUGGGGAAGAACAAAUUAUCCCAGGACGCAGGGGCAGAUUACCUGGAGGGGGUCAGAGCGCUAGGCCCGCUGGCAGACUACCUGGUGGUCAACGUCAGCAGCCCCAACACACCGGGUCUCCGGGAUCUGCAGGGGAAGGCUGAGCUGCGUCAGCUCCUCAGUAAGGUGUUGAAGGAGCGUGAUGCCCUGCAGGGAGAACGCAAGCCUCCAGUCCUGGUCAAGAUUGCUCCUGACCUCACUGCUCAGGACAAACAAGACGUGGCUGAUGUUGUCACUGAGCUGGGAGUGGACGGUUUAAUGGUGUGUAACACAACAGUGUCCAGACCAACGACGCUUCAGGAUCCACAUGCGUCUGAGCGUGGCGGUCUGAGUGGCCAGCCUCUCAAAGACCUUUCUACAAGAACAGUGAGGGACAUGUACAGUCUCACCAAAGGUAAGGUACCAAUUGUUGGAAUCGGUGGUGUGGCCAGUGGGAAGGACGCUAUGGAAAAGAUCCGUGCUGGUGCUUCGUUGGUUCAGCUCUACACCGCGUUGACCUUCCAGGGUCCACCUGUGGUGACAAAGAUAAAGCGGGAAUUGGAAGUGCUUCUUAAAGAAGAAGGCUUCAGCAGCAUAUCUGAGGCCGUUGGAGCAGACCACAGAGUGGACUCAUGAGCACAGCCUGCAUAAGGAGAUGGUAAAUGUUAACGCAGCCACUCUUGCCUUCUUUAAUUGCACAUCAUGAUCAAUUAACUGUCUAUUGUGCUUAUUCGGCCAUCUAUUCAAUGGGAUUUCCAGGGUUGGAAAUGCCUUAAGGUUUGAGCCACAGAAAGCUGAGUCUUUACUUCAGGUGUUGACUGUUUGUUACUGUGUAACAGCACAAGUACAUAUUUUAAACCUUUUCUGCAACUACAUUUCUGCAAAUGUAUACAAAAAACCUUUUGUGUAUAAAAUACCUAUACAAAUACAUAUAUUUAAUAAUCUGAAAUUGAGCUGUAUAGAUGGAACUUAUGUUUGUUAAAUUUCAUCGUGUAAUUCGUUCAGAUGUUUGCUUCAUAAUAAUCUAUGAAAAAGGUGAUUUUCAUUAAAAAUGAAAGAGGUAAUUUCUCUUUAGUUAGACUAUAUAUUGAAAGAUCACAUUCAAGGUUAUCUUCUAGUUUUUACUGAUCUGAGAAGCCUGUGUAAUGUAUUAUGUUCUGUGGGAGAAGCGCUGGAAAAUAUACUUGCUUUGAAUUUAAA